CUACUCGUGUUGUGGUUGGUCGAGAUUAGGCAAAAUAAGCUGAAACGAAUCUGAAUGGGGUGAAACGGGUAACAAGUGGAUGGCGAGCAGAUAAGAGUUGGUGGGAGCAGGUGGACUCAAACGUUGAAGCUUGGGCUGCCUUGUACAUCUAUUUCAUUACCGCGGUAGACUGGUAAUGAUUGAGCGUUCCAAGAUGGCGUCAAAAGAUCAACACGUCUUCGGAAAAUAGAUAUUCACUAUUGACAUUCCUCUGGGACCCUCUUUUAAAUAAUUAUACCUGUAGAUUGCUUGAAUAUCAAUCUAGCGUCUUGGGUAAAAGGUGAAGAGAGCUCAAGCCACCUGUAUUUUACAGCACCUGGAGAGAUCCUUUGAAAGGAACAGCUCAUAUCGGAGUAAACUUCGUUUAAUAAUUUAUGCGGCUAAAACAAAUCUGACCACAGAGAUUUACCAACAGGACACGCUCAGAAGAUGCAUAAAGCUGUACUGACGCUGGGGUUGCUCAUUAACAUAUGUUCCUCGAUUUGUAUCGUUUUCCUGAACAAAUGGCUCUAUGUUCACCAUGGCUUCCCGAACAUGACUCUUACAUGUAUCCACUUUACCACCACGUAUAUUGGUCUCCGCCUGUGCGCGUUCUUCAAUGUUUUUCAGCCUAAAAGGUUGUCUGUAUUUAAAGUGGCUCCGCUAUCAUUGGCGUUCUGUGGCUUCGUGGUGUUCACAAAUCUCAGCCUUCAGAAUAACACAGUUGGAACAUAUCAGUUAGCGAAAGCCCUGACCACACCGACCAUUGUGGCAAUCCACACAUUCUUUUAUAAUAAGAGUUAUUCAACACAAAUCAAGUUAACAGUUAUUCCAAUCAUUGUGGGGGUGUUUUUAAACUCUUACUAUGAUGUCAAGUUCAACUGGGUUGGCACUUUCUAUGCAAGUUUGGGUGUGAUAGUGACAUCUGUCUAUCAAGUGUGGGUAGGAACAAAACAAAAAGAAUUCCAAGCAAAUUUUAUGCAGCUCCUGUAUUACCAGGCCCCUAUUUCUGCAGCCAUGUUAGCAGUAGCUGUUCUUAUUUUUGAACCAGUAACAUCAGAGAAAGGACUUCUGUCUUCCUGGUCUGGAUCUUCAAUUCUGGUGGUAUUAGCAUCUGGUGUGGUGGCUUUCAGUGUGAAUCUAUCAAUCUACUGGAUUAUUGGAAACACAUCUCCUGUGACGUAUCCUUAAUAACAACAUUUCAAUAUUUAACCUUAAUUUACAUAUAUGACCAUUGCCAGAUUUGAGGAAAUUUGAUUUUCUUUGUGUUCAUAAUUGUAUAAGAAACUGUCAAAUUCACUUUUUCCAUGAAGUCUACUAUUUCAUACAAUAGUCCAUUUUACAGUUGCAUGCUUGGUUGCCAAGCCUUUGAACAG